UGUUCUUUUUUCAGUAUAACAUCAUUUUGUUGCACAGUGUCACUACAAUCAUUUGGCUUAACUUACGGGCCGUAUGGAUAGUUUCCCUGUCUCUGCUGAGUCGUCGUUUUCUCAUUUUAUUCAGGAUCUGUCUGUCAGAGCAUUCCACACAUUGCUGAUAAACCAUGGACAACACCACAAAAGAGGAGUACAAGAUUCAGUCCUUUGAUGCUAAAACACAGCAGCUCCUGAAAACAGCUUUAAAAGAUCCAUCCUCUGUAGAUCUUGAGAAAGUGGCCAAUUUGAUUGUCGACCAGUCUCUUAAAGAUCAGGUCUUCAGCAAGGAAGCUGGUAGGAUAUGCUAUACCAUUGUUCAGGCAGAGGGCAGGCAAGCUGGCUCAAACGUGUUUCGGCGGAACCUCCUCAACCGACUCCAGCAAGAGUAUAAGACACGGGAGGAAACCCGGAGCCGUUCUGUUCAGGAGUGGGUCUGCUAUGUCACCUUCAUCUGCAAUAUCUUUGACUACCUCAAGGUAAACAACAUGCCCAUGAUGGCCCUGGUGAGCCCGGUAUAUGACUGCCUAUUCCGAUUGAGCCAGCCGGACUCUCUUCAUAAUGAGGAAGAGGUGGAUUGUUUGGUCAUGCAGUUGCACCGCAUUGGAGAUCAGCUGGAAAAGAUGAAUGUGCAACGCAUGGAUGAGCUUUUCUUUCUUCUUCGAGAUGGCUUCUUUUUGCACAACGAGUUGAGUUCGUUGGCUCGCUUGCUUCUACUGGAGAUUUUGGAAUUUCGAGCCAGUGGUUGGCGGCUCAGUGAUUCUGCACAGAAGUACUAUUACAGCGAAGUAACAGACUGAGUAGGUUUUCAUAAUUGUGAACAGCAGCUGGGCUAAUCAUGAGGUAUAAAUUGUACGUGGCAUACAUUUUUUCUGGGGAAAAAAAAUCACUUGCAUACAAGUGAAGUUAAGGUUUGAUUUUUCAGAUUGUAAUCUGCAAAUGGCUAACACAGUUGCUUCUGCUGCUGUAGCAAAAUGUUUAAGGAUUUUUUUCCCCUCGAGUGAUUUGGAUUCUUUAGUAAAGACAAUUUUUAAUUUCCAGUAAGGGCUGUAGUACUAGGGUGUUGUACCGUGUUAGCCAUUAUGAAUGUAGA